AUGGGGCUGAAAGAAGUUAUUCAUAUCCAUAUUGGACAAGCUGGUGUUCAAGUGGCGAAUGCUUGUUGGGAGUUGUAUUGCUUAGAGCAUGGGGUGCGACCAGACGGCAUCUUGGCAUUCGGUGACGAUGAUAACAGCAGUGGCACAUUCUUCAGUGGAACUGGCGCCGGGAAGGUGAUACCAAGAGUUGUAAUGAUAGACCUGGAGCCAACGCCUAUAGAUGAAAUAAGAACAGGCACUUAUCGCCAACUCUUUCACCCUAAUUCUUUACUGACUGGCAAAGAAGAUGCUGCCAGUAACUUUGCUCGAGGAUAUUUCGGAGUUGGACGAGAGAUGAUUGAUCUGGCUCUGAACAGAAUUCGGCUCACAGCUGAAGAGUGCUCACAUCUUCAAGGAUUUAUCAUCUUCCGUUCUUUCGGAGGUGGAACUGGAUCUGGGUUCACUGCUCUGCUACUAGAAGGGCUUACAAAAGAUUAUGGAAAGUUGUCCAAAAUCGAAUUCGCAAUAUACCCAGCUCCACAAAUAUCGCCCAUUAUUGUUGAGCCAUAUAAUGCCGUACUUACAACUCACGCUUGCAUGAAUACUGAAGAUGUCUGCUUUAUUUUUGAUAACGAAGCUCUCUACGAUAUUUUGGCUAGAUCUUUAGAUGUGCCGAGACCCACUUAUACAAAUUUAAAUAGACUUAUCGCUCAGGUGGUGUCUUGCAUGACUGCUUCUUUGCGAUUCCAAGGUUCUCUUAACGUGGAACUAGUGGAGUUCAGGACAAACCUUAUACCAUAUCCUCGAAUCCACUUCCCACUAGUCACGUUUGCUCCAUUUGUGCCUCCUAGCCGCGGUUUGCAUGAGUCCAAUACCACUCAUCAGCUCAUGAUGUCUUGCUUUGAACCUGCUAAUCAGAUGGUAAAAUGCGAUCCCAGACAAGGCAGCUACAUGUCUUGUUGCUUAUUGUUCAGGGGAGAUGUUAGUACUAACGAUAUCAAUUCGGCAAUCAAUCAAAUCAAACAAAUGAAGGCAAUAAAAUUUGUUUCUUGGUCUCCCACAGGAUUUAAGAUUGGUGUGAACAACCAACCACCGACGACAGUUCCGGGUGGUGACUUAGCAGCUUUGGAAAGAGCAGUGGUUAUGGUGUCAAAUAAUUCAGCGGUACGAGUUGCCUGGGAGAGACUUGCCAGAAAGUUUUCGCUGAUGUAUGCCAAGAGAGCGUUUGUGCACCAUUAUGUGGGGGAAGGAAUUGAGGAAGGAGAGUUCAAAAAUGCUUUGCAGAAUGUGAAGGCAUUGUCCAAUGACUAUUUGGAAAUGGAAGAUUAAUAAUGUUUUGGUUUACGUAAAAUGAUAUUGUGAC